GCUAAAAGUAAACAAGGCGGGGAAGAGCGACUGCUGGACGUACGCCUGCAGCAACACUACUCGUACCUGAUAAAUUGUAUCUACUCAUACAUCUACACUCUUCACAAAUCCCCCCCUCACCAAAUUCUCCUCUCGCCUUCCCACCCUACUUGGAUCCUUUCUCCGUACGACGCCUGUUGCGUCUUUGAAACCCCUCCUCGCCAAUCUACGACUACGAGCAAGUCACAAGCUCCCCUCCCUCACCACCAUUCAUUGCCCGGCUAACCUUUGGAAUGCAGGUCUGCACCGAAGAGAGGACGCAAACCUCAAGAACGAUGACUUCCUUCAUCACCACAGUGUGAGUCUCUCUAUUUUCCUCUAGAUGGCUUCCAGCUUUCUUUCUUUCCUGAGCCCAAGGGCUGCAAAGACCCUCGAGCCUGUGUGCACCUUGACCCAGUCCACAUCCACCCAAACCAUCGCUGUGCACCACGACCAAGAUGCAAGGACCCAUUCGCGCGCGAUUCUGACAAUGCACAUGGAUUUGGGACAUUUCACUCACAUCAUGGCAUCUCUAGCAACCAGCGCACGCGCGGAUACAGACCCCAACGACCCGUAGGCAAGGGCGGUGCAAACGCUUCCCAAUUAAGGCAAUAUGCAGAGGCUACAUUAGGUGGGGGUAGUCUGAAGAAGAUCGUCAAGCUUCCCGAAGGAGAGGACGAGAACGAAUGGCUGGCAGUUAACAGUAAGCUGGACUAAGUACCCGAGAGAAUUGGUUGCUGACGGGUAUAGUGGUGGAUUUUUACAAUCAUAUCAACCUUCUGUAUGGAUCCAUUACCGAAUUCUGCUCUCCACAAUCAUGUCCAGAGAUGAAGGCCACAGACGAGUAGGAUAGCCCAAGAAUAGUUGUCCUUCAAACCUCUGACAUUUUACAGGUUCGAGUACUUAUGGCAAGAUUCCGAAAACUUCAAACGGCCUACCAAAAUGCCAGCGCCGACAUAUAUUGAACACUUGAUGAGCUGGGUUCAGAGCAAUAUUGAUAACGAGGCGGUUUUCCCCAGCAGAAUUGGUGCAUGGACCUUUUCCCUCUUUUUUAUGAUCUCACUAACUCCAUCUAGGUGUCCCUUUCCCAAAAUCCUUUCCCAGCAUGAUUCGACAAGUCUUUAAACGCAUGUAUCGUGUGUACGCCCACAUUUACUGCCACCAUUACCCUGUGAUUAGAGAACUUGGCCUCGAAGCUCAUCUCAAUACAAGUUUCAAGCAUUAUGUUCUCUUUAUUGAUGAGCACAGCCUUUGCAGUGGAAAAGACUUCUGGGGACCCUUGGGUGAUCUUGUGGAGAGUAUGCUUCGGAGCGAUUGAUUGUAGCCGCUAUGAGCUGAUGCAUGUUAUUGAGGGCAUGGGUUAAGGCGUUUAUGUCAAGGAAUGGAGUCGUGGAAGAAGGUCUGGACGAUAUGGCUAGCUUGGUGCCAGGCAUGGGCAUGGCGAUGGAAUGUUUUU